AUGGCUCCGCCCCGGGUGAAGGAGGCGGGACUUAUGGCUCCGCCCCGGGUGAAGGAGGCAGGACUUAUGGCUCCGCCCCGGGUGAAGGAGGCGGGACUUAUGGCUCCGCCCCGGGUGAAGGAGGCGGGACUUAUGGCUCCGCCCCGGGUGAAGGAGGCGGGACUUAUGGCUCCGCCCCGGGUGAAGGCGGCGGGACUUAUGGCUCCGCCCCGGGUGAAGGCGGCGGGACUUAUGGCUCCGCCCCGGGUGAAGGAGGCGGGACUUAUGGCUCCGCCCCGGGUGAAGGCGGCGGGACUUAUGGCUCCGCCCCGGGUGAAGGCGGCGGGACUUAUGGCUCCGCCCCGGGUGAAGGAGGCGGGACUUAUGGCUCCGCCCCGGGUGAAGGAGGCGGGACUUAUGGCUCCGCCCCGGGUGAAGGAGGCGGGACUUAUGGCUCCGCCCCGGGUGAAGGCGGCGGGACUUAUGGCUCCGCCCCGGGUGAAGGCGGCGGGACUUAUGGCUCCGCCCCGGGUGAAGGCGGCGGGACUUAUGGCUCCGCCCCGGGUGAAGGAGGCGGGACCUGUGGCUCCGCCCCGGGUGAAGGAGGCGGGGCCUGUGGCUCCGCCCCGAGUGAAGGAGGCGGGGCCUGUGGCUCCGCCCCGGGUAAAGGAGGCGGGACCUGUGGCUCCGCCCCGGGUGAAGGAGGCGGGGCCUGUGGCUCCGCCCCGGGUGAAGGAGGCGGGGCCUGUGGCUCCGCCCCGGGUGAAGGAGGCGGGACCUGUGGCUCCGCCCCGGGUGAAGGAGGCGGGGCCUGUGGCUCCGCCCCGGGUGAAGGAGGCGGGGGCCUGUGGCUCCGCCCCGGGUGAAGGAGGCGGGACCUGUGGCUCCGCCCCGGGGCAGCUGGGAGCAGCUGCAGGUGGCCGGCCACACUCGCGCCUCACCCGCCGCUGGGACCGGCCACCACCACUACUCCGUCUUCUGCGUCCAUGA